AUGCAAGAAAAUAUUGAUAAAGUGAUGCAACGUGGGGAACGUUUGGAUGACCUCCGAGGCAAAACUGAGGAUUUACAAUCAACUGCUGGACAUUUCCGUCGUGGAGCUAAUCAAGUACGAAAGCGAAUGUGGUGGAAGGACUUGAAAUGGAAAAUUAUCAUCGCUGUUACCAUCAUUGUCAUUUUGGGUAUUAUCAUUGGUUCUAUUGUCGGUACUCAGACUCACAAUAACAAUAGUUCAACACCUGCAGCUACUCCUUCCCAAUGA